UUUGACUAUUUCGUUUACUGCGGCGCUUUCUCCGAAGUCGAGCUGGAUCUAUUGACGGGCGAGGUGACGGUUGUGGCUUCUACCAUUGUGUACGACGCAGGCCGGAGUUUGAACCCGCAGGUGGACAUUGGGCAGAUCGAAGGUGCUUUCGUGCAGGGCCUCGGGUACUAUUUGACGGAGGAGGUGGAAUUCGACCCGGAGGGGCGCUUGCUUACGAAUGGCACCUGGCACUACAAACCCCCAGGGGUCAAUGACAUCCCCCUUCACUUCCACGGACGCGCGAGCAGAGGAGGUCAAGGACGACAGUAG